AAGUCCCCUGACUCAUUGUACACACAUACACUCGCACUCACUCACUUACUCACUCUCUCAGAGUCUGGCACUCUAUAAAGCUCACACACUCCACCCACCCUGCCAGGAAGGGUGUGAGCUAUCAGGCCAGUCUGACAUUCUGCAGCGAGAGGAACUUCUUCACUCUCUCUCUCACUCUCUCUCUGUUAUAUCUCUCUCUCACACACAAACAGUCUCUCGCUCCUGCUGUAGAGAGAACACAGCUGUAAGCAUGGAUCUGUACCUCUUUCUGCUGUUCGGGUUUCUCUCUGUGGCCCAGCUGAUUGAAGCUCAGCCGCCCAUAGAAGAGGAAGAGAUUACAGCAAUAAAUGUUAACCCUUUGGGAGGCUGGUCAGAAGCCCACUCUGAAAGGGAGGAUGUCCAUGCGGCGGCUAAGAAAGCUGUGGAGAAGUUCAAUAUGAAAUCCAAAGCCAAGAAGUAUUUCAAGCUUCUGGAGAUUACAUCUGCACAAACACAGGUCACCAACAUGAUCAACUUCAAGAUUGAAGCAACCAUUGCAAAGACUAAGUGCCUAAAAACAGAGCCGGCAGAUUUGGAGACCUGUGCUUUGGCACGAAAGCGGCUGACGUGCGAGUUUGAGGUUGAGUUCAACCCCAGGAACGAUCAGUACAACAUAAGGAAGAUCUCCUGUAAGAAGUGAUGCUGUUUUUAUCGUGGACCUGAGUGUGAACAGAACUAACUGUACAGUUGCACCCCAUCAUACAUGAACAGGAUUUUAUUGUUACUGUAGGAGGAAUAGAGGAGCUUUCACUCCCUUAGAAUAAGUAUAAUUGUUGUAGGUAGGGGCUGGGCAAUAUGGUAUACAUUUUAUAUAAUUAUAUUGAAAGACUGCUGAUUUUUACAAUGGGUGCACUGAAUGUUUGUUAGUAUUUAGUGUUCAGUUUUAUAAGCAAAAAGGCUGAAUAAUUCAUAGAGAACAAUUACUUGCAGUCAUAUUGCAGAGUUUUCUCUAACAUUGGGAUGAUUUUAAACACUAGUGACAGGUAUCAAGUAUCGUCUUUUUUCCAGCUAAAAGAUAAUGCACAGGCUGGACAGGGCUAGGAUAAUAAUGUUACCUGAGCUAAUUUAGCUUUAGCAUUUGUUUUUGUUAACUAAAAGACUGACUGUCGAGUUAGUUAGCUACAUGUGACUUGAGUGUCACAGGCAAAUUGAGGUAAAUGUAUGACUAAAAUUACACUACUAAAGUGUAGUUACGAUUUGAAUAGCAAUAAUGAUUAAAAUGGCACCGCUGAGAUGUAAUUAUUCUCUUUAUUAUAAAACAUUCAGUGGCUUAGUGUUCUUUAAGCAUUAAUUAUAUCCACAAUAUACUAAGAAAAGUAAAAUUUGUCAUUACAAUAAAAUAUUGCAAUAUUGCCCAGCCCUUGAUGUAGGACAUGAGAUGUAUUGAUGUACUAAACCUGAAUGGCUCCCUCUGGAAGGGAAAUCCUAUUUUGAUACUAAAACUUGUGAAAAAGUGUAAUCUUAUACAUUUUGUAAGACUUGGAAAUGGAUAUGCAUUAUUUAAAAUGAAAUAAACAGAUAUGACUCAUUA